AUGACGGAAACAGACACAGAGAAAACUCCCUUAAUAAAGGAUUAUGACGGAGAAGAUGAAGAACUUACGGGCUGUGGGGCAACCCUGGCCUGUAACCCAAGAAGAUCUCUUCAUAGAUACCUGAUCUUGAUCAUCAUGUGUUUCCUAAGUUUUGGGAGUUAUUUCUGCUAUGACAAUCCAGCUGCUCUUCAGGACAACAUGACAAGGGAUUUGAAAAUAUCAGUUGGUAAAUUCAUGGGGUUUUAUUCCUGGUACUCAUGGCCGAAUGUAAUUCUCUGUUUCUUUGGUGGAUUUUUGAUUGACAGAGUGUUUGGUGUCCGGGUUGGUGCGGUCAUUUUCAGCUUGUUUGUUACAGCAGGACAGAUUGUUUUUGCUACUGGAGCUUUAGUUAACAAAUACUGGCUUAUGUGUGUUGGCAGAUUCAUUUUUGGAAUUGGUGGUGAGUCUCUUGCAGUAGCACAGAAUACAUAUGCGGUGAAAUGGUUUCAGGGGAGAGAACUCAACAUGGUGUUUGGUCUUCAGCUCAGCUUCUCUAGAGUUGGUAGUACAGUUAAUAUGAAUGUUAUGCAGCCUAUCUACAAGUACAUAUCACGCACAGUUCAGGGAUUCAAAUGUCUUGGUAUCGCUUUGUUUGUAGGAGGUGUUAUGUGUUUCCUGUCCUUGAUAUGUGCACUGGCACUCGGAUAUUUUGACAAGAGGGCUGAUAGAAUUCUGAAACGAGCCUCGAUAUCUUCAGAGGAAGUUAUAAGAAUCAAGGAUGUGAAAGAUUUUGGUUUCAAGUUUUGGUUGCUAUGUGUUAUCUGUGUGGCUUACUACGUGGCUGUGUUCCCUUUUAUAGGACUUGGUCUAGUUUUCUUUGAAAUGAAGUUUGAAAUGGACCCUUCUGUAGCUAAUAGUGUAAAUAGUUUGGUGUACAUCAUAUCAGCAGUUGCCUCCCCUCUAUUUGGUUUCCUCAUAGACAAGAGUGGCAGGAAUGUAUUCUGGGUAAUUCUUGGGACCUCUACAACUAUUGGUUGCCAUGCACUGCUUGCCUUUACAUUCAUUACACCUUUUGUUGCCAUGAGUAUAAUGGGAUUGGCUUACUCAGUACUUGCCAGUGCACUGUGGCCAAUGGCAUCAAUGAUAGUGCACCAACAUCAACUUGGGACAGCAUAUGGCAUAAUGCAGGCUAUCCAGAACCUUGGUUUGGCAACUAUAUCAAUUGCUGCUGGCAGUAUAGUAGAUUCCAAAGGUUACCUUAUCCUUGAAGUAUUCUUUCUUGCCUGGCUGUGUAUUGCCCUUAUUGCUGCUGUUUUGUUAUAUCUGAUUGAUGCAGCACAAGGAGGGGUCCUUAACAGAUCUGCUAAACUUCGACAGAAGGAGAGGGAACUGGAGGAAGCUAAUGAGAAAGUGAUAAACUGAGGGGAGGCAAUCCCAGUUGAUUAGACGGUGCCAAACAUUGUUUAUAUGUAUUAAAACCACUCUUUGAGGAGUUAAAACAUUCCAAAAUCUUUGAUACAAGAUAUGUACAGGUUUAAAGACAUGGAUUUUUUAGAGUGAUGACUAGAAGUUGUUGUUUUUAAGAGUUUUUUGUUUACUAGUGUUUGUUUAACAUACACUUAUUUUAACAUACACUUGUUUUAACAUAGGCUUGUUUAAAAGACUUGAAAAUCACAAGACACAUAUUUAUGUUGUUUUAAAUAUAGGUUUGAGAAUAUUUUAUGAAGUUUAAAACAGCGAUAUUUAUCGAAAAGUGUGGAAUUAACAUGUGAGGUUUUUGAAUUUUAAAAACAAUUCUCUGACCUGUAAAAACUUUAUUAGGUGACCAAAAACCUAAAACUGCACUCAUUGGUUGAAAGUGUUGAUUUGUUUGUUCAUAGAAUUACAUAUUUCAUCAUGUUAGGAUUGGUGUUGUAGAUUUUAGAUGGUCAUGAUCUUAUUAUACCAAGUUCUUAAUUCCUGUCUUUUUGAUAGAGUUCCUAUAUUUCUGGGGACCUCCUGAAUGGUGUAAAAUUUCCUGUAUUCUGAAUACUGUAAAAGCAGAAAUUUUCGCGAGGGUUUAAUUUUCGCUAUAUUCGCGAGGCCCUACAUCUCGUGAAAAAUUAAUCCUUGCGUAAAUAUUCACCAUUAGUAAAAUUCUAAUUCAAGCAGGAUACCAUUUUUACCAUAUCGCGAAUAUUAAACCUCGCGAACAUACUCAAAAUUUCAAAUCUGUGAAAUUUUGACCCCGCGAAAAUAUGUGCGUUAACAGUAGUUUUUUACAUAUUUAAUUUCAGUGCUUCCAAAAGAGAGAAGUGCAAAUACUGUCUGUUUUUUCUUGGUCAAUAUUUCUUUAAGGCAGUCCCUACGGUGAGUUUUUAGCAUUGUCAUCAGUCCAAUUUUUUUUCAAAUGUAUACACCAUUAUAUUCUAAGCAUGCAAACUUUAUUUGUCCCCUGUUGGUUGAAAAAAAUGUAGUUCUGGGGACUUACGAAGGUUCAUUUGCUUCUCAGCCUAUUUGCUUGAUUGCAAGUUUGAAUUAAGAUAUAAGAGGUAAAGGUAGUUUAAAACAAAA